UCCCUCUCAGGAAAUCUCUCUGCCACUCUCUCUCUCUCUCUCUCUCUCUCUGUCUACCUACACCGCACCAACCACGCAACAAGCAAGAAACAAGAAGCAGAGAGAGAGAGAUCAUAUUCCUCCUUGAAGAAGAAUUAUUUGCUUUCUAAAUUUUUGAAAAAACAUGCAAUCAUCAAGCAGCUCGAUGAAAGUGUCACCACUUGAACUUAUGCAAGCCAUAAUCAAAGGCAAAGUGGACCCAACAAAUGUUUCAUCGGAAUCCGGUGGUUCUGCUGCUGAGAUGGCAACUUUGAUCCGCGAGAAUCGUGAGUUUGUUAUUAUCUUAACUACUUCCAUAGCGGUUUUGAUCGGCUACGUUGUCGUUUUAAUUUGGAGAAGAUCAUCCGGCUAUCAGAAACCUAAAGUCCCUGUCCCUCCUAAGCCGUUGAUUGUUAAAGACCUCGAACCUGAAGUUGAUGAUGGCAAGAAAAAGGUCACCAUCUUUUUCGGCACCCAAACUGGUACUGCUGAAGGAUUUGCUAAGGCUCUAGCUGAGGAGGCAAAAGCUCGGUAUGAGAAGGCUAUAUUUAAAACUGUUGAUUUGGAUGAUUAUGCGGAGGAUGACGAUGAAUACGAAGAGAAAUUGAAGAAAGAGUCUCUGGCCAUUUUCUUCUUGGCCACAUAUGGAGAUGGUGAGCCUACAGAUAACGCCGCGAGGUUUUAUAAAUGGUUUACAGAUGGCAAUGAGAGGGGGGAAUGGCUUAAGGAACUUCCAUAUGCUGUUUUUGGUCUUGGCAACAGGCAAUACGAGCAUUUUAAUAAGAUUGCCAUAGUGGUGGAUAAAAUCCUUGGCAACCAGGGUGGGAAGCAGCUUGUUCCAGUGGGUCUUGGUGAUGAUGAUCAAUGCAUGGAAGAUGACUUUGCCGCAUGGCGAGAAUUGUUGUGGCCUGAGUUGGACCAGUUGCUUCUUGAUGGGGAUGAUCCAACUGGUGUUUCUACCCCUUAUACUGCUGCCGUGGCAGAAUAUCGGGUUGUAUUGCAUGACCCUGAAGAUGCACCAUUAGAGGAUGAUAACUGGAGUAAUGCGAAUGGUCAUGCUAUUUAUGAUGCUCAGCAUCCAUGCAGGGCUAAUGUUACUGUGAGGAGGGAGCUUCAUACCCCUGCAUCUGAUCGUUCAUGUACCCAUUUGGAGUUCGACAUAUCUGGCACUGGACUUGUAUAUGGAACUGGUGAUCAUGUUGGUGUGUACUGUGAAAAUCUAAGUGAAAUUGUUGAGGAAGCACUGCAGUUGUUGGGUUUAUCGCCAGAUAUUUACUUCACUAUCCAUACUGAUAAUGAGGAUGGCACACCACUUAGUGGAAGUGCCUUGCCACCUCCAUUCCCAUCGUCCACCUUAAGAACAGCUCUAACUCGAUAUGCUGAUCUUUUGAGUUCACCCAAAAAGUCUGCUUUAAUGGCUUUAGCAGCUCAUGCUACUAAUCCAACCGAAGCUGAUCGGCUAAGACAUCUUGCAUCACCUGCUGGAAAGGAUGAAUAUGCACAAUGGAUAGUUGCAAAUCAUAGAAGCCUCCUGGAAGUCAUGGCUGAAUUUCCAUCAGCCAAACCCCCACUUGGAGUCUUCUUUGCUUCAGUUGCCCCGCGAUUGCUGCCAAGAUACUAUUCUAUUUCAUCAUCUCCAAGCAUGGCACCUUCAAGGAUUCAUGUUACAUGUGCACUGGUUCUUGAGAAAACACCAGCAGGUCGAAUUCACAAAGGAGUGUGCUCAACUUGGAUGAAGAAUGCUGUGCCUUUAGAGAAAAGCCAUGAUUGCAGCUGGGCACCUAUUUUUGUUAGACAAUCAAACUUCAAACUUCCAGCAGAUACUAAAGUUCCCAUCAUUAUGAUUGGCCCUGGAACUGGUUUAGCUCCUUUCAGGGGUUUCCUUCAGGAAAGAUUAGCCCAGAAAGAAGCAGGAGCAGAACUGGGAUCCUCUGUAUUAUUCUUUGGUUGCAGGAACCGUCAAAUGGAUUUUAUCUAUGAAGAUGAGCUCAACAAUUUCGUUGAAAGUGGUGCACUUUCUGAACUAUCUGUAGCCUUCUCACGUGAGGGACCUACCAAGGAAUAUGUGCAGCAUAAGAUGAUGCAGAAGGCUUCUGAUAUCUGGAACAUGAUUUCUCAAGGAGGAUAUUUAUAUGUUUGUGGAGAUGCCAAGGGCAUGGCUAAAGAUGUCCACAGAACUCUCCACACUAUCGUGCAAGAGCAGGGAUCUCUUGACAACUCCAAGACAGAGAGCUUUGUGAAGGGUCUGCAAAUGAAUGGCAGGUAUCUGCGUGAUGUAUGGUAAUGAGCCGUUCAUGUAGGCAAGGAGAAGGCGGAGGGUAAUGCAAAAGUUAACUCCGUUGAAGCCUUGCUGGGAUUGAAGGGAUUGUCGAGAGGGAGGCUACUUGUGAUGCAUGCCUUCGUGUCCCCUAAAAGGGUCGUCAUUGAACGCACUACCAUUAUAGCAAAUAUUGUUAUUCUUUUCUCUCGUCUCCUAUUAAGGAAUUUUUUUGCCCAUGUAAUUUAUGUUUUAUACGUGAUGUAAUAAUUAAGAGUAGCCCUAGUGCAUGACUUGAAUUUUCCUUUCAUGAACCAACAAAACGGUUCAAAUGACAGACAAAUAUUCUUCUCGUA